CGGAGGGCUGCGGGUGCCGCGCACUGUUCGGUUGGUCAGCUCGACUCUAGGGUCCUGCUACCAGGCGGUCCCCAGGAUGAAGCGGACCUGGGGCAGGGAAGGAUGGAGCUGAGACGCGGGGUCUCGAUUUGGUGCCACUGUCUGCUUUGCCCCUACCGCCUUCCUGAAGGAUAGGUCUCGACUGUGGUCCAAACUCCUUGAGGUUGGAGAGAUGGAUCAGUCAAUAAAGGAUAGAAUCCAAGAUGACGCGAUCAAAAAAGAACGACCCUACAAGAUCUUUUUCAAAGAUCUCUUCCUAUUCAAAGAAAAUGAAAUGGCUGCAAAGAAAAAGGAAAGACUCAUGAACCGCAGCAUGAAAAUCUACCAAAAGACUACGUUUUCAUCUCGGAUGAAGAGUCGCUCACACCUCGGCCAGCUGACUUUUUAUGCUGAGGCAGGUGGCGGCUCCUACGAAAGUCUGGGUUUGGAUCCCACUCUUAUUUUGAGACUGACAGAAGGCGCGGACAGAAAGAGGACUUUGCACGAGUUUAUUAAUGACCAGAGAGACAGAUUUCUACUUGAGUAUGCAGUCUCAACCAAGAAAAACACAAUUCAAAGGUUUGAAAAACUCAUAGCCGGGAAAGAAAAUCAACUCAGAAAAGCCGAGCAAAAGCUCCAAGCUGACGCAAUAUCCUUUGAAGAGUUCCUUCGAGAAAAUGACCAGAGAUCUGUAGAUGCUCUUAAAAUGGCAGCCCAAGAAACAAUCAACAAACUCCAAAUGACAUCAGAGCUCAAGAAAGCAAGCAUGGAAGUCCAAGCCAUAAAGAGUGAAAUAGCAAAAACCGAAUUCCUCCUCAAGGAGUACAUAAAAUAUGGAUUUUUCCUGCUGAAGUUGUCUCCGAAACACUGGCAAUUGCAGCAAUCACAAAAAAGAGCCCAGGCAGCAAAGAGUACCCCCAUUCUCCCAAGACUCUUAGAAAGAUUCUCGAUAAGUUCAAGUAAAAGAGACAGCAGCGUUGACCCGGACCGACUACCUUUUUUGGAAGAACACAGUUCAAGAAAAGGGAGCCAAGGAAGGGGACACAGGAGAUCUACUCUCGGCCCAGACACCAGGAGGAACUCCAUGUUCAAUCCACCUGAAAGCCUAACCUCGGAGGACAGUUUGGAGCUCUUUCUGGAUGACGAGACACUGGAAUUUGAUCUGAUACCGGAGAUUUACUUCAACGAGCCAGAAGAGUUGCUCUGGGUCCUCAAAGAGCUAGAGGAACAGAAUCUCACCUUGGUCCAAUAUUCCCAAGACGUGGAUGAGAAUCUCGAAGAUGUCAACAAGAGAGAGAAAUGUAUACAGGAUAAGAUAAACAACAACAUUGAGUUCCUGAUGGAACACAAGGAGAUGCUUAAGGCGAACUGUGAGCGGGAGGAGGAAAAGGCAGCGGAGCUGGAGCUGAGGUCCAGGCUCUUCAGUUUUGGAGAAUUCAAUUCGGAGGCUCAGGAAAAGCUGAUAGACUCACUUAGUAAAAAGAUUAACCAAGUAUACAAAGUCUGCAUCGGAGAUGCUGAGGUUGGCAGCCUGAAUGCAGUUCAAAAACUCGUGAAAGUAGAGUCUCGCCUGGUGGAACUGAGUGACCUCAUUGAGUCUGUCCCCAAAGAAAACGUGGAAGCCAUCAAAAGGAUCAAACAGAAGGAACGGCGGCAAAAGUUGCGUGAAGAGAAGGUGAAAGAAAAGCAGAAGUACCAGGAGGAGCGGCUCAAAGCUGCUCUGGAGAGAGCAGUAGCACAACCCAAGAAGAAGCUGGGAAGACGACUGGUCUACCGUUCGAAACCUCCAUCUGCUAGCAAACAGGAGCUCCUUUUAGUCAGUGAUACAAGAACAAAGUCACUGGAGGAAGAGUAUUUCUUUAGCUGAACAGGAGCAUGGAGAAAUUGAAUUAGCAAACGUUCUAUGCGAAUGUUGGCGUUCAGUGAUGCAAUACUGUCCUAACAAAUUCCAGGAAGCAGACCUUUCUCCUGAAAUUUGUAGGAGUAGGAAUGGCAAUUGUUUUCUUCUGCUAGAACUAUUACUCACUGGUAUCAUUCCAUUGUAUUUUAAGAUGUCCCCUUUGGAUACACACAUCCAAAGUCUACUCAUUGAUAUAAUUACACGAAGCAUGACUUAGAGCAGAAUGGCCUCCCUCAAAGCAUGAGAAUUUUAAUCAUAUUUCUAAAGCAAUAAGGAAAUUCAUGGCUAUGAAUAUACAUUCUAACAAUGUACUAUUCUUAGAACUGGACAGGUUUAAAAAGUACAAACUAUAGACUAUGGUCUCAGAUCAUGAGACUGGUAAUUUCACGUUAAGCCCGGAAAACCUUCCAGAAAACUUCAUUAAGUGAACAAACCACACUCCUUUAGCCUCAAUGUCAGUUUGUAUUAUGUUCUAUCUCCAUAAUAUUCAAUUUUCAUGUUUUGACUUAGCUACAAUAUGUUAUUUAGUCUAUGUUGAUAUAGAAAUAAUUUGUUAAUACAAUAUAUAUAAAUACUAAGAAAAUGUUUAACUUUAUGCAUGUUAGAAGUGGUUUGAAAACCUUAACAGCUACUUUUAAAAGGUCUCAGUUAAUAAAAUUACAAUGGCCGAAACUCACCCUCAGAAAAAUUCUAAAGCAUAAACUUAUUUAUUCUUCAUAGAAAAAAAUGAAAACAGUGGGCUUAUAAAAGUCACCUUAAACAAAACUGGGUGGUUUUUUAAGCAUCACUAGUUCUAUGAAUUAUCCAUCCACUGUUUUAACAUUUGUGUUUUGCAUAUGAAUGUCUGCAUAUAAAUAGUUCACAAGUCAAGUUGGAAAAAAAACAAAUUUUUAUUGUAUAGAAAUACAUAAUAUAUAUAUAAAAAAAAAACCCGAAGAUGCUAUUCUCUCAUUUCCCCAUCUUCCUCUUCUUCUUCAACACCUCUGAUGUAAAGGACAUUAUUACACCUGUAAACAGAAAAAGUGGUCUAUUUUCAUGUUUCACUCCAACAUGCAUGAUCAUCACUGCUGUUUUCAGACUGGAACUGAACCUACAGCUCCACCCUCCUCUGUUGGGGCUACCCAGGUGUGUAAAAGCACACGGCAGGCACAUGUUUCCACCACUGUCAUCACACUUCUACAACCUAUCAGAAUAUAGGUGGUUGCUCACACUGGAAAAUGAAUACAACAGAAAUCCUUAGCAGCUAGACUCAACUAAAAUCCAAAUCCAAGGUCUGUAACCCAGGACACUGAAACAGGUUACAGCUAAGGGCCAGGAAAUGUAAUCAAUAGCAUAAAAACCUUGAUGAACUGAAAUCUCCCAAUGAAUUAGUAAUUUCAAAGGCUUCUGAAGUCUAGAUGUUGAAUACUGUUAAAUCUUUUGCCUUUUUUUCUUUAGUCCUUCAGUUUGGGGAUUACUUUAAUUUAUUUAAGCAGACUGUUUCUGAGGUUCACCAGUAACUCCUCACACACAAAUGCGCUUAUUACCUUAUUAGAACUUCACCCAGAUGUCCAGACAAUGCACCAUCUAUAUAUUCUUCUGUAUUUGCAAGCUUUAGAUAGAAAGAAAAAUGUUAGUAUGAUUGCACAAGAAGAAAACAGGGUAGCAUCCCUACUCCUGCUGAGAGCACAUUAACUGAGACCAUUUGACACCAACUCGGACUGUAUCUGUAAUUAGUAAGUAGAAGAUUAGCUUUCUAUUACUCUUGUAUCUCUGGAUCUUCUGUAUUAAGACAUGCAUGGUACAAAACUAAUAUAUAAUAAAGCUUAUUUCAAAGUCGUUAA